GUGGGACAGAAAGAGUAUUAAUUAUUGAAUACAUCAAAGUAAAGAUAAAAGGCCGGACAAGAUCAUCACGUUGAUCACACCAAAUGCCACUAAAAUUAUAGCACAAAAAACGCAUCUUGGAAAGUGACGAAAUUGAUUCAUAAGAAUUGUACAAGAAUAGGCAGACAAUCUGAAAAAGAAUAGUAUUCAAUGUCGGGAGAACUCACACACCCCACACAUUUCAGUUUCAUAUAGCUCAAAUUGAUCUGCUUUCCUCCUCAUUACCAUCCAUUCAUCUUUACUGUUGAUAUAAUUCCAUGGCGAUGAAAGCAGAACUGAUUUUCAUCCCAUGGCCAUUGAUGGGUCAUUUGGGGCAGUUGGUUGAGUUCACAAAACUCAUCAUCAACUGGGCAGAUACAAAAGACAAAUUAACCAUCAAAAUCCUUAUUUCCAGGCUCCCUGAUUCCGUUGAUCCCGUCACAAACACCUUGAUUGAUUCUCUAAUCAUCAAUUCAUCCGAAAAUUCACCAGCCAUUGAAUUCAUCACCCUCCCUCCCACAGAUCCGGCCCCUGAAUGGAGUUCCUUAAGCAGGGGCUAUUUCAUCCAGAAACAACUCGAUUCCCAAAAGCCCCACGUCAAGAAUUUCAUCCAGCAACGCCUCCGGGAUGAUGAUGAUUCAACAAGAAUUCUGGGUAUUGUUGUUGAUAUGUUCUCCACUUGUAUGAUUGAUGUGGCCGAUGAAUUGGGGCUUCCGAGCUACGUCUUCUUCACUUCCGGGGCGGCGUUUUUUCGCCUAAUGCUCCAUUUCCAAGAGCUUCAAGAUGAACAAGAUACGGAUGUGGCUUCCAAAUUCUCGAAUUCCGAAACUGAUUAUCUGGAGUUUCCGAGCUUUGCCAACCCUGUUCCAUCCUCUGUUUUGCCCAUUGUUCUGACUGAUGAACAGCUCUGGUUGAAGAGAUUCCUUCCUUGUGCUCGAGGCUACAAAAGGGCAAAAGGGAUCUUGGUUAACACGUUUUACGAUCUAGAAUCAUACGCGCUGGAUUCGCUUCUUCAACACGGGAAAACACAAAAGCUCCCACGGAUUUACCCGAUUGGACCUGUUCUGAACAGAGUGCCAAAUGCCAAGCUUGAAGUACAAUCAAUGGUCAUAAAUUGGUUACAUCAGCAGCCUAAAGAUUCAGUGAUUUACAUCUCUUUUGGUAGCUUGGGAAGCUUGGAAACAGACCAAGUGAAAGAGCUAGCAGUUGGGCUAGAACGGAGUGGCUACAGAUUCUUGUGGGUUCUCCGCCGGCCGCCGGCGAAGGACUCCGUUGUGGAUUUCCCCAGCGGAUAUGACCAAUUUUGGGAUAUCUUGCCGGAGGGAUUCUUGGAUCGGACAGAAAGUAUCGGAAAAGUUGUGGGUUGGGCUCCGCAAUUGAAUGUUUUAUCUCAUCAAGCUGUGGGUGGAUUCAUAUCGCAUUGUGGCUGGAAUUCGACAUUGGAGAGUAUCUGGUGCGGUGUUCCAUUGGCAACAUGGCCUUUGAAUUCUGAGCAACAAUUGAAUGCAUUUCAAUUGGUAGUUGAAUUGGGGUUGUCAGUGGAAAUCAGUUUGGAUUAUUCGUCAAGGAAAGAGAAUCAACGCAUUAUUGAAGCUCAUGAAAUAGAAAGAGCUGUGAGGAUGGUCAUGAAGAGUGAUAGUGAAAUAAGGAAAAAGGUUAUUGAAUUGAGGGAUAGGAGUAGGGCUAGUGUAGAUGUUGGAGGUUCUUCAUAUGAAGCUCUUGAAAGCUUGAUUAACAACAUGAUGUUGCAUAAUAACUAAACUAAGUGUUAGACCCGUCCAAUGGACGGGGAAGACAUACACAUAUAGAUAUUUUUAUAUAAAUUUUAUAUUUUUAUAAAAUAUGUAAUGACUUCAGUUUUAAAUAUGAUUACCUUUAGAUUUACAGAAA